CACACUGGGAGUACGGUCGGUAAGGUCGGUAACACGUCGGUACGGUCGGUGUUUCCGGUGUUUUGUCGCGCUGAUAUGCCAGAUAUGCCGCGCACUUGCGCGGCAGAAAGCUGCUUUAAAAACUUCUCACUUUGCGAGAUGCCGUGCCACAAGUUUCCGAAAGACGAGAAACUUUGCGCCCUGUGGUCCCGUCUCGCACGUCCGUCGUUUCCGACCUGGGUUCCGACCAAUAUUGAUCGCUUGUGCGGCUAUCACUUUUCCGAUGAAGACUACAUAUGGAACCCCAAGUUGAUGAAAAGUGCGGGUCUCUCAACAAAAAACAUGCGACUGAAGCCAGGCGUUGUGCCGAGUGUGUUUUCAAAGAAGGGAAGCUCGGACCAGCUGACGCAGCCCCUCGAAAAGCGAAGCGAAGCCUUGUCAGCAGUGAUGAGAUUUCCCCCUGGUUGUCAGGCGCCCCUGUUUGAUGCCACCGACGUCCUGGUCAAAGGUACCGACACUUGUUGGGACACCCAGUACAAAGCUGCAGAGUCAUCUGUUAGCGCAGCGACCCCGGGCGCGUCCGCCAGAGGUACGCUUGCUCCUUCGACGUCCCCAGCUGCCUCGACUUUGAAAGAAAGCCCCCGCACACCUACAGGUGAUGGAGCUGCACUUUCUGGAGAGACCAACAGUUCACUAAAAGCCACCGAGAACAUCUCGUUCCGAUGCUGUUCCUGCACCUAUGUCACGAGAGAUCAGCGUGGAAUCGUGAAUCACCUGGUUGACCAUGGGGAUGAACAGUUCAAGUGCCAGCAUCCUCUCAUGUUAUCUUGCUCAAGGUUCCAAGUGCCCAGUAAUACACAAAAGCACAAGGGUAAUAAGUUGUUCAAGUCCGAGUUAUGUUCUCAAGUCUUUAAGGAUUGCCAACUAAGCAACCAUAAUGGAACACACACCGGUGAAGAACCUUUUCAGUACAAGCUGUGCCCCCAAGUCUUUGCUGGGAAUUCCCUUCUGAAAAGCAAUAAUCAAACACAUUUUGUGGAAAAGCCAUAUAAGUUCAAGCUUCACCCCCAAGCCCCUGCACGGAGUUUCCAGCUGACCAGCCAUAAUCGGACACAGACUAGAGAAAAACCUUAUGAGUGCAAUCUGUGCCCCCAAGCCUUUCUUCGGAGUAGCGAGCUGGUCAGGCACAAUCGAACACACACAGGUGAAAAGCCUUACAAGUGUAAGCUGUGUCCCCAAGCCUUUACUAAGGGUUCUCAUGUCAAAAAACAUAAUCAAACACACAUUGGUGAAAAACCUUUAAAAGUUCAAGCUCUGUCCCCUAAACUUUGCUAAUAAUUGCAAUCUGAUCAACCACACCCAAACACAGACAGGUGAAAAGGCGGAAUUGCAGUCUGAUCAGCCACACUCGGAGACAUGAAGGUGAAAAGCCAUCCAAGUGCAAACUCUUCCCCCUAGCCUUUGCUCGUAAUUUUCAUCCGAUCCGCCAUAACUGAGCGCACGCGGGCAAAAAAGGCACAUUCUGAUCUGCCACAAUCAAGUGCACUUUAUGGCAAAAGAUUUAUGAAUCACCUGUAAUUUGAGCCAUCCAUGCUUUAUAACUAGGGUUCCAUGUUUUUUGUAGAUACUCAUAAACUCCAAAAGUUAACCCCCCGAGGCAGUUUCAUCAAAAUUGGAGAAAAGCUGAAAACCCAACGAAUUGUAGCUGUUCUUAAAUAAUAAAUCUCCAGCUUCACAGGAAGAAGAAUUUUUAACAACAGCUUCAUUUUGUGUUGACACAGACACAGCACUACACUGAACUAUCCGUGAGGUUGCUUUUUUUUUUUCAGGAACGCGUACACAUUAUCUUGUUUCCUUCUCGUAUUGGUACCGGGAUGUUUUUCAAGUGUUUAGGUCACGCAUACCUUCCCUGAAGGUUAAAAGUAUCUCGCAAACAUACUUGUCCUAUAUGUUUUGGUUUUUUUUCAUCGAAAGCUUUGAUAAAUUUUGAUUUCCUGGCCAACAACAAAAAUUUGUACCGAGUAAUACCGAUUUCGGCGACUGAAAAAACACCCCCGAAUUUAAACAAAAAUAAUCCCCAAAAACACUGUACCCUAUUUAUAGCAUGUGGAAUCAUCUAACUUAUGCAGAGUUAUACACCAUUUAAGUUGAAAUAUGUAAGUGCAUGCAGUGCCCUAAAACCUUACCUAAUUAUCAAGCUUGCCCCUCUGUGAUUUGCGUAUGCAGGGUGUUCCUUACAAAAUGGCAGCAAAGUUCCGGGGCAGUUUUGUAACUUGUCUGCCUCAUGGGGCAUGUGCCAACACAUAUAGCUUAGCAUGACAAAGGUGCUGAGGAGCGGGGAGUGAUUGCUAACCAGCAGUGUUCAAGGAGCUGGUCAGUGUAAUGGCAAACAUUCUUUAACUUUUUUCAUUGGAUUGAGAUAGGUCAGUGUGGCUACAACUUUCGAUGUUCCACAUCUGGACACAAACUGGGUCAUGCUUUUGCUCCUGGUCCCAGGUCUUUUGCGCUUGCUCGAGGUGUGCCCACUUGAGGUGUGAUCUAAUAUGUUUGUAAAGCUGUCUUCAUGGCUGUUUUGUUUUUACUUGUAUCUAUACAAAAGAUACAAGCUUGCAGAAAAUAAAUCUGUGACCAAAGUUAUGUUUCACUAUCUGAAGAGAAAGUAUGACAAUUUUCACUUCCCCCACAGUAGAGUAAUUUUUUCGGUUUUAAUUUUCACGUCCUGUAGCGUGUCAUUCUAUUUUAGCAAUUAAUUCGGCUGGAGAACCGAUUGUUGAGUCCGUGCGUGCACUGCAGUGGUUUGUGCUCCCGAUUUGAACCUUGCUAGUCGAAUUCCUACGCUACCAGCAAGUUUUACUGUGGGUGACAUUGUACCGAUUUUUAAUACUGUGUAACGCCUGUUCAAGGCUGUGUUGAUGAAAGUUGUGGACAACUUUAUUGAGUCGAACUCGCUCAUACUGAAUGUGUUUUUGCUUUCCAUCCCUGCACUGGCAUCUUCAUAAUCAUGUAUUUAUAUGACACCUGCUUUGAGAUAUCACUCUUGUGUUUAGGUGAAAACAGUAUUUCAUUCCUCUGUCUUCUUAUUCCCAACCGAAGGUGUCAUAUGUGCCAGAUGAUGUUUUAGUAGUUUGUUUUUAUGUUACUCUAACAGCAAACAUCUAACGCUUUUUUUAUUUAACAGAAUUACCGUAAUGUCUCUAGAGAUGCCCCACCCCCGAAAGAUGGCCCACCCUUGGUUUUUGGCGCAAUUUGCUAUUUUUCCAAUGUUGGCCUUGGCAGAAAUAGUGUUACUUAGCCACUACGGGAGAUAAGGGAAUAAUGCUGACUGGAAUGGACAGUCAACUUUGGUUCAUUGCCCCUUCCUGCAGUCACAUGUUUUGCAGGUCACAACAUCUGAAAAUACCGGGCAAGCAUCCACUCAAAAUUUAGAGAUAAUCGUGAAAAAAUGGGUAAUGGGCACUUGUCCAGUCAUCAAUUUUACAUAUCAAUGUACUGUGCAAAUUUUCUCAGAUCUUACAAAUUUGGGAAUGAGCACUUAGAGUGGAAUGGGCGGAUGCGUGAUAUUCUAUGGUAGCAUUUUGUCAAACUUUUUUAUCGCACACUAAAAGUUGGCUUGCUCGUUAUUCUCACACAGUUUGCUUUCGAUUUUCGGUGGGCUACCUUCGGAAUAUUACAGUAGAUGGAUCUGAGCAGCUAAGUCUCAAGGAAUACAAACUCUGUCAUUAUUUUGUUUAGUUUAGAGGAUCCUAUGGAUUGUUUGUCGCUCAGUGUAUGCUUAGUUCUGCUGCACUUGUACAUAUCUUUUGUUGUGGAUCUUUUCUUUUUUUUUUACUCUUGUUUGUCUUGAACAAAGCCUGCAGAUGAUAAAUAUGUAAUUAGACUUCUGUAUCUCUGUUUCUCACAAAUAAAGGUUGACAGUUCAAGCUGC